CAGGCACGCACCGCACAUAGCUACUUGACUGGGAAGACGACACUGGGGCUCCUGAACGGACGUGGAUUUGUUAUUAAAAAGCGUGAGACACGAGCUGCUCGCGAUGCGCCUGCUGGCGAUCGUCCUCUGCCUGGGCCUGGCGGCCUCGCUGCCGACCGUCCCCUACCAGGAGCAGGACAGGACCGACCAGGAGCCCGACAUCGACAUCGGCACCAUGUUCGACCUGCUGGGACUCUCGCCUUGCGACGACGCCCUCUCCGGCGGGUGCGAAGACCCUCUGGCUGCCGACGGCGUCGUCAGCGCCUCCAGCUCUAGCUCCGAGUCUUCCAGCAGCGAGUCGGCGCAGACGUCCCAGACGUCUUACUUCAUCAGCACUGGCGAGGAUGACAUUGUCGAGAUCACUGUGUCGCAGGCCGAUGAGUACGGUCUGGAGUGCUUGCCAGCCGUGGAGCUGACAGAGAGCGCCGAUAUCAUCAUCGAGAACAGCAUCGACGAGUCUGUGGAUGACGCGGAUAACGAAGCUACUUCGUCCACGGUCUCCGUCGGUGAUGGUGGUUCCUCCUCAUCUACUUCUGGCGGGGCAGGCUCCUCUGCUGCUUCUGCAGGCGGGGCCACCUCCUCCUCAGCUGCUUCUGGGGGAGCUGCGGCUUCUUCUGCUGCGUCCGGUGGAGCAUCCUCUUCUUCUGCCGCCUCUGGCGGUGAUGGGAAGGUUGGUGGUGGUGCCUCCUCCUCGGCCGCCUCUGAAGGGGCUGCAUCUUCUUCUGCUGCUUCCGGUGGUGCCGCCUCUUCUUCUGCUGCAUCUGGAGGUGGUGAAGACGUUGGUGGUGCUGCCUCCUCCUCCGCUGCCUCCGGAGGAGCCGCCUCCUCUUCUGCCGCCUCUGGUGGGGAUGGAAAAGUUGGCGGUGCCGCCUCUUCAUCUGCCGCCUCUGAAGGAGCUGCAUCUUCUUCUGCUGCCUCUGGUGGAGCCUCCUCUUCUUCUGCCGCUUCUGGUGGUGAUGGAAAGGUUGGUGGUGGUGCCUCCUCCUCGGCUGCCUCCGGUGGGGCCGCCUCCUCUUCUGCCGCCUCUGGUGGUGAUGGAAAGGUUGGUGGUGCUGCCUCCUCCUCAGCUGCCUCUGAGGGGGCUGCAUCUUCCUCUGCCGCUUCUGGUGGGGCCGCCUCCUCUUCUGCUGCCUCUGAGGAAGCUGCGUCUUCUUCUGCUGCCUCUGGUGGAGCCGCCUCCUCUUCUGCCGCAUCUGGGGCAGGUGAGGGCGUUGGCGGUGGUGCCUCCUCCUCAGCUGCGUCUGGUGGCGCCGCCUCGUCGUCUGCCGCCUCUGGUGGCGCCGCCUCGUCGUCCGCCGCCUCUGGUGGUGAGGAGGGCAGUGCCGCUUCCUCUGCUGCCUCCGGCGGUGCUGCUUCCUCAUCUGCCGCCGGCGAAGGAGGAGCUGCCUCUUCGGCCGCUGCCGGUGGAUCUGCCGCAUCAUCAGCGACUGGGGGAGGCGCCUCAUCAGCUGUAACCACCGAUGACAGCGAGUCUGACGAAAGUUAUGAAUCGCACGAAGACUUGACGCAAGACUGCGUCUGCGUCCCGUACUACCUCUGCAAGGACGGCGACAUCAUCACCGACGGCGAGGGUCUCAUCGACAUCCGCUUCGGGCCUACCUCAGGCUCCGAAGAAGAGUCCAAGUCCAACUCGCAGUGCGACAACUUCCUCGACGUCUGCUGCACGUCGCCCCUGUCCGAGCCCGACCCAGUCAUCACCGAGGAGUUGAACCAGUACGAGUACGUCCCCUCCUGCGGACACCGCAACCCGCACGGCGUCAGUGUCGUCCUGGAUGGCUUUAAGGAGGGCGAAUCCCAGUUCGGAGAGUUCCCGUGGAUGGCGAUCGUGCUGGAGGACGAGGAGCUCGAGUACGGCGCGGUAAUCCAGCGAUACGUCUGCGGGGCCUCCUUGAUCCACGAGCAGGUCAUCAUGACCGGCGCCCAUUGCGUCAACGGGAAAGACGUUAGCAAGCUGCGGGUACGGCUGGGCGACUGGGACACCAAGCACGAGAAGGAGAUCUUCCCGCACGAGGAACACCGGGUAUCCAAGAUUGCCUCCCACGAGCGCUUCAACCGCCGCGUGCUCUUCAACGACGUGGCGCUGUUGUUCCUCGAGGAGCCGGUGGAGCUGAAGCAGCACAUCGACACGCUCUGUCUGCCCGAGGAAGACGAGGACUUCGACCACGCCUCUUGCGUCGCCACUGGCUUCGGCAAGGACCGCUUCAGCGGCGGCACGUUCCAGAACAUCAUGAAGCAGGUGGACCUGAAGGUGGUGCCGCACAAGGCGUGCCAGACGAAGCUGCGCACCACACGACUGGGCCGCUGGUUCAAGCUGCACGACUCCUUCACGUGCGCCGGCGGCCAAGAGGGGGUCGACACGUGCCGAGGCGACGGGGGGUCGCCGCUGGCCUGCCCCAGCAAGGCGGACCCCAACAAGUACGUCCAGGCCGGCAUUGUGGCCUGGGGUAUCGGCUGCGGUGAAGGCGGUGUGCCCGGCGUUUACGCCAGCGUGCCCAAACUGAUAGGCUGGGUGAAUGACAGGAUAGGGGAGUUCUUUAACCCCCCGCCACCUAGGGCGCUGUACUCUCCACCGGUUUGAGACGGCUCCCCGGUUUUGUUCGACCGCGAGCGACUGAGAGGGAUGGAAAGUCAGAUGCGGCGAGGUCUGCUCGGGUGAAGAUUCCGGUGAUAAUCGAGGGAUGGUGGUGGUUUAAGGCUUGAAAACGGUGUCCUGCUAUCUUUGACAGCUGACUUUGGAAUGGGUGGUAGACUUCGCCGGUGCCAAAUACAAGCAAACAUUUAA